UAGAAUCUCUCCUCCUCUAAUUAAAUCAUGCCUAAUAAUGUCGUAAUUAUGCCUCUCUCACAUGUAAUUUGUUGUCUAUUUUUUUAACCUCUCAUUUUUGUGCUCUUUAAUACACUUCUUGCUUGCCACCCCUCUUUUUCAAUCAUUGUAGUAAAUAAAAAAUUACAAAUAAAGUUAUAAACAUGAAAUCCACUUGAUAGAUUUGCGGACUCUUUCACAAUUUUUUUUUUUUUUGGAUGUGUACUCUCUCUUAGCUACAUAAGGUGUUGUUUGACUCCUUAGCCACUCCUUCCCUCCUCCUCUAAUCCUUCCCAUCAUUUUCUCUUUUAUUUUCUAUAUAUAAUCACACCUUCUCCACUCCUUUCUUCACCACCAUCACUUUGUUAAAUUCUCCAACAAUCUCUCCCCUCCUUUCUCUCUGUGUAUCCAUCUAUCACUAGAUAUGUUUAUCUAUCCAUUAUAGCCUUAACUUGGUAUUAAGUCUCAUUCUUCCUCUAUCUUCUCUUAUUGAGCGGUGGUGGUGGUUCCGGUGACUGUGGCAGCACUGCUUGGGUCGGUCGUGGAUCGGUCGACGCCAAAUUACAAGACAUGGACGGUCAAGAUGAAGUGAUCAACCACAACAACAACAAUAACAACAACAACAACGACGACGACAAUUGCAAUGACAAUAACAACAUAGGAGGAGGAGGGCAAUCUAUUGUGAAAGGCAAAAGGACGAAAAGGCAAAGGCCACAUUCUCCCAUCCCUUUCCGCAUGAUCACCAACUCCAACACAAAUAUCACCACAACUAACUCAUACAAAAGUGACGAAGGAAGCGAUAUCUGUAGCAACAACAACGUGGUCGAGGACAACAUGACACCCACCACCACCACCAUCGCAUCUGAGGAAGACGAUGUUUAUUAUCGUGGUGGUCGAACCACCACGGCGAGUACCACUGAGGAAGAAGAAGAUAUGGCUAAUUGCCUCAUUCUCCUCGCUCAGGGCCACUCUCGCGACCUACAACCACCACCUCAACCACUCCUUUCUUUAAUGAAAGAUGGUUCAGCUGGAAAUAACAAUAACAAUAAUAAUGUGAAUAACAAAUUCGUUAGCCGGAAAUUCAUGGAAACACCAUCAACAACAGGGAAGUCAGGAUAUUAUGUGUACGAGUGCAAAACAUGUAGCAAGACCUUUUCAUCCUUCCAAGCACUUGGAGGGCACCGCGCCAGCCACAAGAAGCCUAAGAAUAAAGAUGAAGAUUACAGCAACACCAACAAGAGCAGAUCAAGUAAUAUCUUUCAAAGCAUUAUUCCCUCCACCAACACAAACACCAACACCAACAGGCCGAAUUAUAACAAUAACAGUCAUCUUAUGCAUUCAUCUGACGAUGAGGAUCCACCAUUUAAAAUGGCGAGGCAUGUCAAUAAUAACAAUAGCCACCACAUAUCCUCUUCCACAUCGCUAUCACUUCAGCUCACAAAUCGAGCCUUAUACAAUGGUAUUACCAACCAUCAGAGCAGCAAUAAGGGUAGAGUUCAUGAGUGCUCCAUUUGUGGGGCUGAGUUCACAUCAGGCCAGGCCUUGGGUGGCCAUAUGAGGCGUCAUCGAGGGCCUGUGACAACCGGUGCUGGGACUGCUACCUCGCCAAUUAUAGCCGCUGUCCCUUUAGCUAUUGAGCAGGCGCCUACUGCCAAUGAGAUAUCAGAUCAGGAUAUGAUGAUUAAUUCUAUGAAAAUGGCACAUGUUAGAAAUAAUACUACUACUAAUGUAUUGUCACUAGAUUUGGAUCUCAAUCUUCCUGCACCAGCAGAUGAGAAUGCAGGUGAUCAUCAAAGGGAAUCUAAGUUUGUAUUUGAGUCUAAGCAACCCUCAAAUGAUCAACAACCAUCUUCGCCACCGCCACCGCCACCACCAGAACCACAACAGCAGCAACAACAGCUUGUUUUCUCCUCACCUGCUUUGGUGGAUUGCCACUACUAAUGUCAAGGUUGAGUUUUUUUUUUUUUAAAUUAUCUUUUACUUUUUCCAAUCUUUCAACGGUAAUUAUUUUUCUUUAUGGUAACUUAUACAGUGAAAAUACAUAUAUGAUCAAGUCAUUUUUAGAUGUUGAGAGUGAUUUUUUGUUUUAAUAUUUCAUUUUUUAGAUUCAGAAUUGAUAAUAUUCAUCAUAUAAUUAAGGAUUUACAAAUGAUUCCAAUUAAGUUUUUGGAUUCUUUGUUACAGAGUAAAGUAUCAUUCAUACUUGAUCAAAGUUAGGGGUUAUUAAUUUAGAAAUGGGUUAUACGGUCUUCCUUUAUUUGUUCAUCUUCCUCCCAUUGUAACUGAUUACAUACAUUUGACUUUGUAGAUAUAUUGAUAUAUACGGUAAUUGUAUUUGAACCAAAAUGUUUCACUAUUUGGGUUUACUUUUUGUGCCCCAUAUUAUAUGCUCCUUUUUUUAUUUGUGGAUGUUAAAGUUUAUAGACUUGGGCCAAAACUGUUUCUUACUACGCGUCCAUAUGUAUUUAAUUAUGGGUA